CAAGACAACAGAUGAAUUGUGAAAGAGAGCAACUAAGGGGUAAUCAGGAAGCAGCAGCUGCCCCGGACACCAUGGCUCAGCCUUACGCUUCGGCCCAGUUUGCUCCCCCCCAGAACGGCAUCCCCGCGGAAUACACGGCCCCUCAUCCCCACCCCGCACCAGAGUACACGGGCCAGACCACCGUACCGGAGCACACGUUAAACCUGUAUCCUCCCGCCCAGACGCACUCCGAGCAGAGCGCAGCGGACACGAGCGCGCAGACCGUGUCCGGCACUGCCACACAGACAGAUGACGCAGCACCGACGGAUGGCCAGCCCCAGACACAACCUUCUGAAAACUCAGAAAACAAGUCCCAGCCCAAACGGCUGCAUGUCUCCAACAUCCCCUUCCGGUUCCGAGAUCCGGACCUCCGACAAAUGUUUGGCCAAUUUGGUAAAAUCUUAGAUGUUGAAAUUAUUUUUAAUGAGCGAGGCUCAAAGGGAUUUGGUUUCGUAACUUUCGAAAAUAGUGCCGAUGCGGACAGGGCGAGGGAGAAAUUACACGGCACCGUGGUAGAGGGCCGUAAAAUCGAGGUAAAUAAUGCCACAGCACGUGUAAUGACAAAUAAAAAGACUGUCAACCCUUAUACAAAUGGCUGGAAAUUGAAUCCAGUUGUGGGUGCGGUCUACAGCCCCGAAUUCUAUGCAGGUACGGUGCUGUUGUGCCAGGCAAACCAGGAGGGAUCUUCCAUGUACAGUGCCCCCAGUUCACUUGUAUAUACUUCCGCAAUGCCCGGCUUCCCGUAUCCAGCCGCCACCGCCGCGGCCGCCUACCGAGGGGCGCACCUGCGAGGCCGCGGCCGCACCGUGUACAACACCUUCCGGGCCGCUGCGCCCCCGCCCCCGAUCCCGGCCUACGGCGGUGUUGUUUACCAGGAUGGAUUUUAUGGUGCAGACAUUUAUGCAAGCAUCGGGCGGCUUAUCCGCAGGGCAGAACCCCUCCAGCUCAUGACAGCCAUCACGGCUGAUGAAUGGGUAGAAUUACCUCCUUGGUUCACUUCAGAAUAUGUGCAAACACCCCCCUAA